AUGAAGUCUAGCGCUGCCGCAGCGGCACUUCCCGUGGUACCAUGGGCAACCCGUGUUGUGGCAGCUGCUCUGAGUUGCGUUGUAUUGCCUCUCCUAUCGCGCCGAGUCAGUUCAGCGACAUCUGCGGAACUUGUAGUCUGUCUGUUGCAGUUACCGCUGCUGCAGCAGCUCAUUUCUUUUACUUCUCGCGAGGGCGUUGCUCGAGCAGCAGCUCGCUGCAGCGUAGCGCCUGAAACCAGCGCAAUCAAGCACCGAACGCCCUCCCCUGCAGAGCAGGAGAAACGCAGGCAGAGCGCGUUCAAUCUGUCCUAUAUAUUGUUCGGUGCAUGCUGCUUUGCAUUCUUACUCCUUAUGCCCGUGUGGAUCAUCUUUUUGCCGCCAGAACUGAACGAUUCAAGAAGCAGGCUUCAGUCUGAGAUCGAUGCCUACCGUCUUGCCGCCACAGCCUUUGGCGUAGCAGGUCUGCUCGAUGCAGCAGCAGAGAUUCUCUCACUGCGUUGUUUGAUGCUUCGUGCUCUGGGGGCCCGAGGUGUAGCAGAAGGAGCAGCAGCAACGGCGCGGUCUGUCCUGCUAGGCGGUGCGCUGUCGCUACAGCAAGCGGUUCGAACGCGUAUGCCAACAGAUGCAGCAGACAACCUGCUUCUAAACCCAAUGCUGGCGUUUGGAGCAGCUCAGUUCUGCGCAUCAUCUCUCUUUCUGCUGCUCCUGUGGUAUCAGUGCCACUGCAUCCUUUCAACAGAGCCUGCAACUGAAGCAAGCACACCAGCAGCAGGCGCUUCCACGACCCUCUGCCCCUCCCAGCUGUUUUUCACCGUCUGGCCGCCCCUUCGGACGCUUCCUUGCUCCUCUGGCUGCGCUUCUGGACCUCUUUUGGGGGAAACAACAACGGAAGUGCCUGCGCGCCAAGCAACGCAUGCAGAGGAAGCAAGCUGGUGGACGGCCAGGGCUGCCGCGGCAACGCGCGCAUCGCCAGGAAACUUCAUCGUCGUUGCAGCCUUCCAGUGGACCUUCGGUCGGUUUCUCUCAGCUGAACACUUGCGCUUACUGCCCACCUUCAUACUCCUACUGACACAAAAGCUGGUACUGCAACACGGGGAGCAGCUGCUGCUGCUUUUGCUCCUGGAUGCAUCGGCAGGCGCAGAGUAUGCCUUGGUUUCAGGAGCAGCCUCGGUAUUGUGCCGAGUCAUCUUGUCGCCCUCAGAAGCAGCCGCGUUCGAAGCCUUUUGCGCCUUGCAGAUGCAGCCCGGCGAGAAUGCGGCAGCUGUUGCUGCAGAAGGCGCUUGUGGUGUAUCUACAGCACCACCUAAAAAUUGUGGUGGCGCCUCUGCAGAUAUCGAUCCUCAUGCGAGUAUUCCACGGAAUAGAUAUUCCCCGCACAUUUUGAAACAACGACAGGUGCACCUCAGUCACGCUACUCACCAGCCCGCAAAAAUGCUGAUGCAGAAGCAGGAAAGCCAGCAGCAGCUACAGGAGCAUCCUGAAGAAGAUACGAUCCUCGGUGUCAGUGGAAGACGCAAUCAAAACUUUGAAAAUGACACUGCUGACGGCAACAUCCCUAGCGGCCGUGUUGCACGCACGCUAAUUUGCCAGUCUCCUAAGGGACUACUUGGCAGCCAACAACAUUUCAGGCAACAAGUCAGCGCGGCUUUCCCAGCGCUGUCGCUGCUACACCUGCUACUCCAGCUGCAUGGGACUGUGGGGUUGGCUGCUGCAGCCGGCGGGUGUCUUUUCGCUGCUCCGGCGCUGCUUUGUAUCUUUGGUCCUUCUACAGUCGCCCCUGGAAGUGGUUGCACACAGGCAUUGCAGGUAUACUGCUGCUAUGUCUGUUGCCUCUCAUUUUUUGGUCUGCUGGACGCGUUCACAUCAGCAACGGGUAGCGCCGACAGCAUGGCGAUGCUCCAGCGCUACUACGGAGCUGUAACUGCUGUACACCUAGUGAUUUUGUUGCCGCUCUGCAUCCGCUUUUCUGCUGAUUUAGGAGUAGCGACAGCAGCAGGAGCAUCAGCAGCGCAGCUUGUAGCGGCGAUCCUCCGUAUCGGCUGUUGCUGCAUUUGCAUUUCUUCUGACUUGCGUCAAGCCUCUCAACAGCGCCACAUGCAGCAGAGACAUCCCAGCCAAAUUCAUGCUUCAGAUGCACAGCGCGGGCCAGUGGAAGAGCAGAUCUACAGUGGGGGUGGAAUUAUCCAAGGUAGCACUGCUACCACUAACCUCAGUGCCUCUGCUAGCUCAUCAUUCGCAGCUGCUUCUACACCCACAUGUGGGAAGAAAGAAGCCUUUUUUUCGUUCGAUGGAUUAGGUGUAGCUCUUCGCGCAAUAAUACCCUCCGGUGGAGGGGCACUGCUAUUGCUGUAUGGGUGUUUUUUUUCUGCUACUGCCGCUAUUCAAGUUGUUCUUCGUGCAUCAGCCUUUAAUUCUUCACCAGAGGAAACCACAGUAGCAGAAUACGCCUCGCAGCGCGUGAUGCUAUGGGGAAUAAAUGCACCGCUAUGGGCUGCAGAGAUAGCACUAGGUCUCUGCACCUGUGUCGCAGCCGCUAUCACUGUAGGGCCUCUGCUGUUGCAACGCGUGCGAGCAGCAUACUGCAUAGCAGCCUCUGCUGUGAGAUGA